UGUGUGUGUGUGUUACAUUUGCUAUUAUUUUAGUGCGGUCAGAAGAACAGGUCUACACCGUGAGAACAGAUUAUGGCUUUACAGGCGCGCAGAUGCAGAAGAGGAACAAUUGUCGGGUAUAGAGCAGAUGCUGUGCAGAUGUUUUAGUGAGAAUUAAGAGCAGACAUGGGAUAAUCUAUGACUGGGGACACGAGCAGGCUUUUUUUACCUCUAUCAUCUACACACCUUUCCUUUCUAGAAUGGACACUAUGGCGCUCGGGCAAAUGAUAUUGCAGCAAAAACGACUUGCUUUCACGCCAUUAUUUUAACACACACACACACACACACACACACACACACACACACACACACACACUCGCAUAUCAUAGUAGCAUUAUUGCGGUAUUUAGGUGGCAAUAAAAAGCUCUCGAAGCUGAGCUCUGCAUAUUUUCUGGGCCGCAUGGCAAAAAAAGAAAAAUCCAGCAUAACUGAAUUAGGGUUGCCAGAUUGAGCAGACUGUGUAAGUGUUGUGUAGUGACGCUGAGGAGCACUCCUCUUGUCAUUUGUGCAUAAGUGCUUCGCUUUGCCUUCACACAGGAGAGGAUGCAGCAAUGUGACAUCCAUCAGGCUCAGAAGGAGCUGCGUCUGAGUCACUGAGAUUGUCAUGGCUGGGUUUGGAGCUGGAUGCACAGAUCGUUGUGACGUAACGCAGCCCUGAAGCGAUGCUGUGCGGCUUCCUGAGCCUCGCAGGACUUUGCUGAGAGAAUGAGGCAAGCGGUGAGCGCCACACUCUCUGUGUGGGGCGAGAGACGCCUGGGUUACACCACGCUCAACGACUCCAGGGAGGCGCUGCUGGAGGACAGCAGCCUGAUGCCUGGGCUUAAAGAGGACUCGGUUGUGGAGGAGAAGGAGCUGGCAGACGGUGAACAGGACGAGCAGGAGGCAGUGGUGGGAUCCUCACCGUCCACGCCUCAAGAUCCGAGUCAAGGUGAAGGAACCGUCCUGGAACAUCCCGAGCUGCCCUCGGCUCUCAGAUCCGAGUCGAAUUCGGGUCGUCGAGGCAGUGUGAACCUAAGCGCACCCGAGAACGGAUCCGCUACUGUCAGAAGGGGCUCCCUCGGUGCCCUACUUGUGCAGCGUUGCAGUUCUUUGGGCUCUACGGCGCCACAGUGGGUUCCAGAUUCUCAGGCGCCGGAGUGUAUGAAAUGUGGCUCCAAAUUCUCGUUCACAAAGAGGAGGCACCACUGCAGAGCCUGCGGGAAGGUGUUCUGUGUGGUCUGCUGUGACCUGAGAUUCAGGUUGACUCACCUGGGCGGAAAAGAGGGCCGAGUUUGUGUCACCUGUCACGCUACACUCAUUACCAAGACUCUUCGCAAGGAGCAAAAGAAAGUAUGGUUUGCCGACAGCGUUUUAUCCAAGAACGAGAUGUCUAGUGCCAACACUACUCCGACCCACAGGGAUCUGGUGCAGACGCAAGGACCUGCAGCGGCUCAUAUGUUACCUGCAGACCUUUCCGAAAUGCCAAACUCUCCAUGUUUGGAGCAUCAGGAGGUGGUUCACAGUCCCAAAGGAAGUUCAGCUAAGCCUUUACCACAUAAAGGUCUUCCCCCUAUCCUCACCUCUACAGGUGUUAAAGGAGAUUAUACAGUGGAGGAAAAGCGCACGGAGACGUCACUGCUGGAGGAGCUGGAACAAGGCCAGACUGAGCCAUUGGUUUUUGUCCUCAAUGCCAAUCUUCUGGCCAUGGUGAAGAUCGUCAGCUAUGUGAACCGGAGGUGCUGGUGUGUGACGUCUAAAGGUAUGCAUGCAGUGGGUCAGCCAGAGGUCGUCGUGCUGCUCCAGUGUUUACCAGAAGAAAAGAGAUUCCCCACAGACAUCUUCAAUCAUUUUAUUCAGAUCUACUGGGAUGCACAGACAGCUGGAAAGCUCCUGAACCAUCUGAGUCAUUCUCUGGCUGCGCGAGGCUUUCUGGACAGUGAGGAGCACGCCGGGUUUCUCUACGUGCGUCCUACCUUGCAGUCUCUGGACGGCCUGCCGCUGCCCCCCCAACCCUUCCUGUUCGGACUGCUGAUUCUUCGUGCUGAGAGUCCAUGGGCCCGGGCGUUCCCCCUGCGCCUCAUGCUACGCUUGGGAGCUGAGUAUAGAUUCUAUCCCUGUCCUCUGUUCAGUGUACGAUUCAGAGAGCCGCUCUUUGGUCAGAUCAACAACAGCAUUAUGAGACUCCUUGUGGAUUUCCGUUUUUACCGUUACACACUGCCAGUAGUGACGGGGCUCAUGGUCGACCUGGAGGCACGGAGCACGUGUAUCACGAUCCCGAAGAGCCGUCAUGCCGAGCUGCUGAAGGUGCUGAGUAAGUCGAAUGAGAAACUGCUGGCGAUGGGCGCUUGCUUUAAUGAGCGCGCCGACUCCCACCUCAUCUGUGUGCAGACUGCAGAUGGACAGUACCAGACUCAGGCAAUCAGCAUUCACAGCCAGCCUCGCAGAAUUACAGGCUCCUGUUUCUUCGUGUUCAGUGGUGCACUGAAAGCUUCGUCAGGAUACCUGGCCAAAUCCAGCAUUGUCGAAGACGGCUUGUUGGUCCAAGUAACCAUGGAAACCAUGCUGGAUUUACGGCGAGCUCUACGAGACAUGCGAGACUUCACCCUGACUUGCGGAAAACUCCACCAAUCGGAGCGGCAGGAAUACGUGCACAUCCGGUGGCAGGACGAAGAGCCACAUUUCAAUAAAGGCAUCAUCAGCCCUAUCGAUGGAAAAUCUAUGGAAUCCAUUACCUGUAUAAAGGCCCACCAGAGAUUAGAGUAUCGAACCAGUGGGAAGGUCAUACGUUGGACGGAGGUGUUCUUUCUUCAGAAGGAGGAGCCGAGUAACGGCCCAAACACUUACACCAAUCAUAACCGUCUGACAGAGCGUCUGGCCCGAGCGUUCUGUCUGGCACUGUGCAAUUCCCUGAGCCUGCUGAAAGAGGAUGGGAUGACCAAAUUAGCACUGCGGGUCACCUUGGAUGGACAGAAGAUGGAGUUCCUCGUGGGCAGUAACGGACAGCCUCUGCCUCUGCACUACCAGGACACACUAAACCAGUCCCUGAGUGCGGUCGUGGUGAGCGUGUGCCAACGUCACGGACACACAGCCCUUCAGCUCGAGCUCAUCUUUUACAUCCUAGAGGACAUUGCGUAGAGGUCACCUGCUGAAACCUUCAUCAUAAAGCCAACGGGCCGUGCUGCUGGAUUCCACGGACCUUCUCAUAUGUACACUUCAGACACUGGACAUUACAGCGGGGAAACGAUGUAUGUUUAUAAUAUAUAUAUAUAUA